AGUAUUUCAGACAUCAUCUAGUGACUACUAUAAAAAUAGUUUUUCAUAACACGAUUGUUUUUUUCUCUGUAACUCUUCAAAAGUGAAUCAUUGAAAGAAAAUAAGAAUUGAAAAUGUCAGCGAAAUGUGAAAAUGGAAGAGAUAUUUUGAUAUCGAUGGUGAUCUAAAAAUAUUUCAGUUUUAGAUUGGGAAAGUAUCCACUCUUAACAGCAGUGGUGGAACUACACUAUCAAGUGACAAAUUUUCAUCCAUAGAUUAUGGAAACAAGGAUUUUUUGUUGGGGAAGUGCUGUUAGUGGGGAGCUUGGAUUAGGAGGAAUUGAAGAAGAUCAUAUAGUUAGUCCAAGAAGAGUUUCUAACUUUCCUGAAGAGAAAAGUGUACAAGACAUUGCUUGUGGUAAACAACAUACACUAGUCCUCCUACAAGAUGGAACCCUCUUUAGUUGUGGGAAUAAUGACAUGGGUCAGUUGGGGCAUACAAUGUCACGAAGCAGACUAACCAAAGUGAAGGCUUUAGAGCCUCAUGUGAUCAAGCAUCUGGCCUGUGGAGAAGCUCACAGCUUAGCAGUAAGUGAGGCUGGUCAGGUUUUUGCAUGGGGUAGUGCAAGUUCUGGGCAGUUAGGUUUGGAAAAUGAAGGAGACCAUUUGCCCUCUCCAAGGAUGAUAAAGAAGUUGGCCACUUUGACUGUGGUCCAAAUAGCAUGUGGUCAUCAUCAUUCACUUGCUUUAACAAACAAUGGAGAAUUAUAUGCUUGGGGUGAAAACAACUACGGGCAACUAGGAAUAGGAGGAAAGGAUACACAAAAUUAUCCUUGUUUAGUUGAAGCUUUGAAAGGUUUACCUAUUGAUCAGAUUGCAGCUGGUGGUUCACAUAGUUUUGUCCUUUCAAAAUCAGGAUCCAUCUUUGGAUGGGGAAAAAACUCAUUUGGACAGCUGGGUUUAAAUGAUACAGAAAAUCGCAAAGUUCCUACUUUAUUGAGGCAGUUACGGUCACAGCGUAUUAAAUACAUCUGUUGUGGUGAGGACCACACAGUAGCACUUACUCAGGAUGGAGGAGUUUUUACAUUUGGAGCUGGUAUGUAUGGUCAAUUAGGACAUGGUAGUAAAAGUAAUGAAAUUCUUCCCCGACGUGUUCUAGAACUCAUGGGCAGUGUUGUUACUCAGGUGGCUUGUGGUAGGUGUCAUACAUUGGCUUACGUACCUGGUCAAGGAAGACUCUAUACUUUUGGCCUUGGAGGAAGUGGUCAACUAGGGCUAGGAACAACAACAAAUUAUUCCACACCUAUGGUCAUACAUGGCCCUUGGGUUAACCACUGUACAGAUUUAGCUGUAAUAACAUGUUCUUCGAGUGUUUCUAAUAUUACAUCCAUACACCAAAUUCUAAACAGUGAAUUAAGUCAGUCACAGUCUGAGAGAAAAAGUGAAGACACAUUAGUGUUACAUUCUAGAAAAUCUGAAAAAAAUUCAAAUGAUAUACCUGGAGCAUGUGUUCAGUCCACUUCAUCUCAAGGAAAGAAAACAAAACACAGUUUUAGUGAUGAAUCAGAAUUAGGUUAUAAAGGGACUGACCCAGUAGUGGAAAUGGAAUGGAGAGAGUCUGAUCCUGGACAGAAUGAGUUAAAGAUGGAAGUAGAGGAAGGUUUGGCUACAACUGCUUCAGAGAAGCACAAAAAACAGGAUACUGUAGCUGUAUCUGGAAAGGAAGACAGUUAUGUGGAUAGAAAAGAAGAAAAACAUCUAAAAAUUUACAAACUUGUUUGUGGAGGAGAUCAUACCUUUGUUUUGUGUACACCUUAUGAUGCACUUGUAUAUCCUAGAGAUUUCCGUGUACGCCAACCAGAAACUCAGAUAUUGCCGGUAGACAACAAAGUACUGGAAGAAGUUGCCAAAAUCUCACCAGACCAACCAGUGUCUCAAGAAUUAAUGAACUACUUGGAAACUGUGUUUGGUUCAAGUGCUUGUCUCAAUGGUUCUUAUUUGAAGUCAGUUGAUGCUCACUAUGACUGUGGGAAUGAAAACCAUGGUAUAGAACUAAAUGCUGCUUAUUAUGGCUUUUUAUGUAUCAGGCAAUCUCAGCAUGAAGUUAUUUCAGAAUUGAUUGGAAGCUGUCUUCAGAGAGAUCUUCUUCCAUCUCUGCCAGUGCAGCCUAUUGAUGUAGAGGCCAUGCGAGUCUACCUCAUAUUGCCCAUGUGCCACCUCUUUUGUAACCCAAAACAGUACCUUGGCACAAUCAUUGCUCCAUUUAUUCAGAGCUUACUGAAGUUGCCUGAAACGUUUGCAAGUGUGCUUGAUAGAUGGUGGGCUCAGUUAGAAGCAAGACAGUUUAAAAAGUUGGUGCAGAUCUUUAAAGACUGUGUAUGCUACAUACUCAACAGCAUGGGUGACAGAGGAGUGCCUGAGGCAUCUAAAAAGCAUGAACAACUUCGAUUAUCCCUUGAGAUUUUGAACAGAUUGAACAAUGUAAAUGUCGUAAAUGAAUACCUGAUAUCCUACCAAGAAUUCUACAUCUCUGAAGUUACAGAGAAAGUUGAUGUUAGAUAUGACUAUGUAAACUGGCUACAAAUCACAUCAGAACCAAGGCAUUCUUUGUUUUAUGUUCUGAAUGGGAUGAUGAUUCAUUGGCUGUUAUGUUUCUAUGGAAAUAUAAGAAGGGACGACUUUUUUUUCUGUGAUUAUCCUUUUGUAUUUGAUGCUCAGGCUAAAACAUUAAUACUUCAGACAGACUCUGCUAUACAGAUGGAGUCUGCCAUGAACUCAGCUCAUCAGCAUAACCUGGCAAGUAUUUUUAUGCCCAUAAUGAAUCCUGUGAAUCCAUACAUGGUUUUGUGUGUUUCUCGAGAACACCUGGUCAAUGAUACCCUCCAUCAGCUUGGGAAUUAUCCAUCUGCUGACUUGAAGAAACCACUGAAGGUGGUUUUUUCUGGUGAAGAAGCUGUUGAUGCUGGUGGAGUACGGAAGGAGUUCUUCAUGCUUUUACUAAGAGAGAUACUAGACCUUAAAUAUGGGAUGUUUAAGGAAUACCCAGAAACUAAUUGUAUAUGGUUUAACACACAGAUAUUUGAGGAAGAAGUCAUGUUCUUCUUGAUUGGUCUUGUUUGUGGCUUAGCCAUAUACAACUACACUAUCAUUGAUCUUCCAUUUCCUUUGGUUCUGUACAAGAAGUUACUAAAUGAGCAAGUAAAGUUAGAAGAUUUGAAAGGAUUAUCUCCGUCCACUGCCAGGGGUCUUCAUGAUCUCCUACAAUAUGAAGGGGAUGACUUUGAAGAUGUGUUUUUACUUAAUUUUGAGAUCACUGUAGAAGUAUUUGGGGAUCCCGUUUUAUAUGAACUUAAGCCUGAUGGGAAGAAUAUACCAGUCACAAAAGAAAAUAGGGAAGAAUAUGUAAAUCUGUAUGUUGACUUUAUCCUGAAUAAAUCUGUCAGUGGUCCAUUUUCGGCUUUCUCGAGGGGUUUCCACAAAGUGUGUGGAGGGAAGGUGCUGGGUCUUUUCCAUGCUCAAGAAUUGAUGACUCUGGUUAGAGGGAAUGAAGAUUAUGAUUGGCAAGCACUGGAAGAAAAUACAGAAUACAAAGAUCCAUACAACAAAGACUCUCAAGUGAUCAAAAUGUUUUGGAAGGUGUUUCAUAGCCUUACUUUGGAGGAAAAGAAAAAAUUUCUUUUGUUUUUGACUGGCUCAGACAGAAUUCCAAUAUUAGGAAUGAAAGUUGUUAAGCUCGUAAUCCAGCCAAUGAAUGUAGGAGAUGAACACCUUCCUGUAGCUCACACAUGUUUUAAUGUUCUUGACUUGCCACCAUAUUCUAGUGAAACUGUUCUCAGGAAUAAAUUACUCAAGGCCAUCCAUCAUACUGAAGGUUUUGGACUAGCUUGAACUUGUAUAAACUUUGAAACAUAAAAGUAAAGAAAUCAAGGAAACAAGAGUUUUAAGUGAAAAAUGUGAGGAAUAAAAGUUAAUCAUAUUUUAUUUGUUCUAAAAUAUUAGUAAAAAAAUAAAUAUUUCUAGUUGAUUGGGGUGGAAGAUCACUUAAGUUUGUUUAAUUGCUCUAUUUGAAGUUUUCUAUUUUUACAGUUUACGAGUAAAAUACAUGCAGAAAUGUACAUAUACAGAAUGCUGUAUUUUUUAAAUUAUUUACAGUAAUAGGAAAUACAUGUAAGAGCAUCUAAAAUGUAAGUUGUUUUAAACUAUCAACUUUUGAAAAUAAAUGAUGUUUAAAUUGUCAGUAUUUUGAUGUAAAAUAAUAACAUUUUGCAAAGUAAUUUUAGUAUUAAAGGAAGAGAUUUAGAAAAAGCUAAAGAAGAAAAUCUAUAGAACUUUGAUCUAAGACUUGUUAUGUAGAAAUAUGCAUACAUAUAAAAAAAAUUAAGUUUGCUCCAUUUAAAUGUAUGCACUGUUUCUGCAAUUGUUUGACUUUGUGUUUGAAGAUAGAUUUUUCAUCUUAUACGGCUUGACAAGGCUAAUGUUAAACCAUGUAUACCUUCUUGUUUACUUUUAGAAAGAUUCUUAAGUUUUCACAUUUAGUGCUUUCUUUUUAAGUGAAGUAUAAUUAGGUAGACUCAUAGAAUAUAAAUAUUAUUGUAAUACAUCAAGUGCAUUACUUUUGUGAGUUUCAAUAUUAUUUUUUGAAGCAAGGUUUGAAUUGGGUAAAUUAAAAUAUCAUCUUACCCGUUA